AUGGGUAUAGCUGACGACUGCUUUAACGUGCUUCUUCAAAACAAAAGUCUUCGAACUGAUCAGAUUCAUGAACUUUUGAGUAAAAUCAACAGACAUGUCACCGAAGAGGGGAUUUCGGCCAGUAACCUGAACGGCAUAAUAGACUUUUUAUGCGAAAACUCGCAGAUAUCAACCUCUACAAAGGGUUUUUUAAUUAAGGAGGCUUUAAUACCUAAUGGAAAGGUUCCAAGAUCAACUGUUUAUGCAAUUCUCAGAUGUUUGGGUACACGGUCACAGUCCACUCCAGACAAAUUGGAGACCUCCAGGGUCUUGCAAACAGAGCUGUGUAAAUGGCUUGUUCACGUUUACACGUAUAUGGACGAUUAUACCGUUUUCGAAGAAACAUACUCAGAGUGGUUCCAGCUGUGGCAGCUGGACUUCCUGCAACAUUGGAUCACCUACUUGCUAUUUUGGUCAACAACACGGCAUCUGGUAAGGCCAUGGCGUGUUCGAUUGCUAAGCUCGGUGGGAGCUAACUCUGGAUAUUCUAAUGCAAAAGCAUGUGCGACUCUUGUGCUAGAAAAGUUCUAUAGCCUCGUCCCUGACACGCGGAUCUACGAUGCUAUUUCACAAUUGAAGUGCAAUAAUAGGAGAUUGAAAACCCUAAAACGACCUUUGUGGGACGAAGUUUUCAUUUCGAGAUGGAAUUCUAUCGUCAAGCGGUCUUAUGGGCUGUCAGGCCCUCCUCUCUACAGUCUAUUCGAGAAGCUCAGCAAUCAGCUUUCAUUAAGUGGCGUAGAGCGAAAAAGUCACUCGAGCGAGACAGACUCUGGAAAAAUGGUGCCGCUUAAUAGUGUCGUGACACUUGGACGACUGGCAGAGAAACUCGAGUACUUGAUGGUUCCAAUUGAUGUUGAGGAUGUUAUCAAAACCAAGGAUCAGAGCUGUUUGGCUUUCAUUGCUACCUUAGAGCCAAGUGACAAAUUUUGGCGACGUCUGUCGCAAUGGAUUCAGCUAAAGCUAAAAUUGAAUUCAAUUUCGGCUGACACAGCCAGCUGCUGUCAAUCGAUCUCGACUGCGCUGAUUACAGCAACUUUUUUAAAUCAUGAAAUGUCCCUAAACCUUUCUCUACUAGACGAUGUGAAUUUUAAGUUCGAGGAACUUUCGACUUAUAAGACGUCCGAGAUGGCGACCAACACUUGUAGUAAUCUUGAAGCUGUGAGAAACAACCCUCAACAUUACAAAGAGAGUCAUUUUUACCAUAUGUGCAGGCAUUCUUUGUUUAAGAAUUGGUUGCUUAAUGAAGAAGGCACCGGAGGUGAAGAGGCUCUUUCAUGUAUUGCGUUUAUCGUGUCCUGUCUCUCUGAAGAUAUGAGAAAGUCGAUUCCUAGUCGACAUCUGUCCACCACAUUUAGGCUGCUAAUGAUAGUUCUCGACCGUUUCCCUUUGGACAGGUUUAGUGACAGCUCUCUUGGAUCCUGUUUGCUGCCAACAGAAACGGUUAACGCCAUGAUGAUAUGCUCAGAUCCAAUUAUCUUAGAUGCAGUGUCAGCCUACCUCGUCACAUCAAGGAGAAUUCUAGGAGCUUUUAGUAAUAAUGAUGGCUUGGCGGAUCCGCUCAACACCAAUCUCAAAGAUCUCUCCAAUUACCUAUGGAGCAAUAACUUCAAGGGCGAUAAUCAUGUUUUCAGGAUUCCCAAAGGUUUUAUUCGUUGUAUGAUUAGUGCUUUAAGCACACAGUAUUCAGACGCAGACGUUCAACAAAUGUUCAGUGUUCUAAAUAUACCAUCGCUUGCUUUCCCGUGUAGAGUCGCUCUCAGAACCUUGGAAGAAGCGUUCACAAGUCGAGUCCGAUUUAAUAUGAGACUUACUAAGAAGACUUUCACCGAAUUUAAAAAGGCCAACUCGGCAAGUUGGCUGGAUGAUGUUACUUCAUUUCGUGAAUUGAUUCUUGCGAUAUUAAGGCUUUUGCGGCAACAUGAAGCAUAUUGCAAUGUUGCUAAGUUUUUAUACACGUAUGUGCGCAGCAUCUCGAAGAAUGUCUCUCAAACCUUAAGUCAGCAUGAUGAAAGCUAG